GUAUGUUUUAGUGUCAUUUUAAGAGUUCCACACUGUAUUUGAAAUACUCAGGAAUUGUCUUUGUUAUUUAAAUAAACUAAGUGAAAAAAUAAAUAAAUACAAAAAUCAACCACAAAAAUAUUACACUUGAUUCAGCUGAUCGAUAGAAAAUAAUCUGCAAUUCAGCUAUUCAGUCAUUUUUUUCAAGCAGAAAUCAGAAUCACUAGUUCAAACUUCUUCAGCAUGAGAGUUUGCUGCUUUUUCUGUUUUACAUCAUUUUAACCGUAAUAUUUUUUUUAGAUUUGGACUACUGGUAGGACAAAUUGAUCUAUUGAUCAAUAAAAAUCAGCCAACAAAGUGAUGUAACUGGACUGAAAUAAUUGUUAGUUAUCCCUAAAAAUAUCAUAUAGCAGACAGACCAUUAAAGAGUCAAUUCAUACUUGCCCCAGUUUGUGCUUCGUUGUGUUAAUAAAUAAAUAAAGAGCACAUACUGGCACAAACCGGGUGUGAACCUGUUCCUAGAAGUGAUGGUAUUGGGGAGCCAUAUUCAGAGGUGUGCGUGUGCAGUUUUUUCACCGACUAGUCACAUUUAGACCAAAUUUCACUCUAUUUGCAAUAAUGAGAUUUUUCAUCCUCUACAAACAUGCAAACAAUACCUUAUUGUCAUUAUGGAGCCUUAUCCUGGUGAAAUACGCUCUAAAUGUGAACAUUCAAUAAAUGUCUUGCAACAGUCUGUGAAAAACCAUUCACUUUUGAAAUCGGUUCUGAACGUGUUUUUACUAGUGACCGUAGUCGUUUUUUCAAUGGAAAAUGCUUGCCAGAAUUAAAUAAAUUUGGUUUUGUGACGUGUUGAUGUUGAAACCGAUAUUAGCUGGUUGAAAAGAGGGUUAAAAGAGGUCUUAGACGUUCAGACCGAAUACCAACCACUUUUCAACCAGACACCAACACUGAAAUCCCGGUUGGUGCUCACUGAGUUAACUUAAUAAAAUAAAAGACUUGCAACUCGACUUGGACUUUAAAACCAAUGAUUCAUAGCUUCACUUGAACUUGAGCCUUUACACUUCAAGGUUCCUUUAUUGUCAUUGUACAUUGACUUGAAAAUACUCUGUUAGUUAAAAAGUGUCAGGUCUCCAUUUAUUUCUCUUCAUUUCCUGAGUCAGCUAACACUGAACGCUAUUGAUUCCCAGCAAGUCGACAAUUAAUUCACUUUGAACCAAUCCAUUGGCACCAAAUCAAGUUGCAGCCAAGAAUCAUGAAGACCUAACAUUACUAGUGAGCAGCAGUUGGAAAAACAUUGUACCAAUAAUAAUUUUGUUUGCGUACAAAAACUGUAGGUGGACAACAAAAAACAAAUUGUGUUAAGCAACCCGCACAGGUCAAAAAUUUCACAUAAAUUUGUACAAAUAUUAAAAAGCACUCAUGAUUUUGAACAUUUAAAAUAUAUGUUAUUAAAAUGACAUUACAUUUGGUGUAGAGCUCAUUAUUUGGGUGAAGAAACUCAAAGUUUAGGACUUGGGAUUUGACUUGCAAAACAACGACUUGGUCCCAUCUCUGGCCAUCUCUAACUGUGUGCUUUUAUUUUGAAGGACAACACCUACUCUUUCCGGUGUUACUCUGCCUCGUUUUGUUUAAUUUAACUUUUAGUUGACCUCGCUGUCAGAUUACAUAUUUGACUGCACACAUUCCAUGAGAAGACAUGCAAGUUUGUUCACAUUUCUAUUUUGUUGUGCACGUUGUAUCCUUCAGUCCAGUUAGCCGACUAGCUAACAAACUAACUAGCUAGUUAGCUCGCAGCGAUGUCAACGUGGCGCAGGCUGCAUGUGAAGGUGCGGACGGCUCAUGGAUUAUUACUUGGCUCCAGACCGGGGACCCAGCGGUACACAUGGCUGUAUGGACAUUUAUCGUUAUGUCAAAGCCUGAGUACGGGCACACCUCUCCGGAAUGACUUCUUCAAAGACCUGGAGGCCCAGCUGGCAGCUAUGAGGAAGAAGGCGUCAGACGCGCUGCCCGGCAGCAGCUGGUCUCCCCUGCAGAUCAACCCGGACCUUCCGCCGGAGAGGGCCGACGUAGUGAUCGUAGGAGGCGGUGUGAUGGGCUGGUCCGUCGCCUACUGGCUCAAGCAGAAGGAGAGGGUGCGAGGAGGGGUCAAAGUGGUUGUGGUGGAGAGGGACCCAACGUACUCCCAGGCCUCCACCGUGCUGUCUGCAGGGGGGAUCCGACAGCAGUUCUCCUUGCCUGAGAACAUCCACCUCUCCCUGGCCUCCGCAGCUUUCAUGAGGAACAUCAAUGAACACCUCGGCGUGUUGAAAGAAGACCCCGUGGACCUCCAGUUUAACCACUCAGGAUACCUCUUCCUGGCCAGUGAGGAGGUGGCUCACAUCAUGGAGGAGAACUACAGCACCCAGAGGUCGGCAGGAGCCAAAGUUUCACUUCUGUCUCCGACACAACUAAAGGAGAAAUUUCCGUGGAUAAACACAGACAGUGUGGCGCUGGCUUCAUAUGGGUUGGAGAACGAGGGCUGGUUUGACCCCUGGACUCUGCUGAACGCCUUCAGGAGGAAGGCCAUCUCGAUGGGAGUCAUUCCGUGCUGUGGAGAGGUCACAGAUUUUAAAUACACAACAAGCAGGAUGAUGAGCGGUGAUGGUGAUCAGAUGGAUAUCAGGAGGAUAAGAUCUGUCAAAGUGCAGAUGCCCAACAGUCUGGAGUACCAGCCGGUGGAAUGUGCCAUUGUGGUGAAUGCAGCUGGAGCCUUUUCUGCUAAACUGGCAGAGAUGCUGGGAAUCGGCUUCGGUCCAAAAGACUCCAUUGCUGGAAUCCCACUGCCUGUUGAGCCUCGCAAAAGGUAUGUGUAUGUGGUCCACUGUCCUGACGGUCCAGGUCUGGACACUCCCUUCCUGAUUGAUUAUUCUGGAGUUUACUUCAGGAGAGAGGGUUUAGGAGGAAACUACAUUGCUGGGGCAUCGCCAGAGGAGGCAGAGGAGCCAGAUACCAGUAACCUGGAGGUGGACCAUCAGUUCUUUGAAGACAAGGUUUGGCCCAGUUUGGCCUCUCGUGUUCCAGCCUUCGAGAAGCUGAAGGUGACGAGUGCGUGGGCAGGUUACUACGACUACAACACCUUCGACCAGAACGGCAUCAUCGGCAUGCACCCACUUAUCAACAACAUGUACUUUGUCACCGGGUUUAGCGGCCACGGCCUGCAGCACUCCCCCGCGGUGGGUCGAUCUGUGGCAGAACUGAUCCUGGAUGGAAACUUUAAAACACUGGACUUGAGCAGCUUCGGCUUCAGACGCAUUCUGGCCCAGGAGCCCAUGUUAGAGAGGAACAUUGUAUAGAGGAAAUGGGACCAGGACUCAUACCCUUCAUGCUGCUGACAAAUUACUAUAACAACUUCAGUCUUGUUUUUUUACUAAAUGUGAACAUUAUUUCUAUCAGUCGCAUUUUUACUCAGAGAUUCCAAAACGGCACCUUUGCUUUUGUAUACAGAGACAAACAGUGCUGUCAUCAUGCUGCCCCAGUGUGUGAUUUUAGAGAGCAUGCCAGUGAUCUGGAAGCAAAAGAGACAUGAAGGCAUGACAUGUAAUGCAACAGCGUGGGCAUCUAGUGUGACGUAACAUACAUGUCAGCGGUGCUAUCAAAACAAUAACAAUGGCAGACAUGGCAAUAACAAUCAUUUACCAUCCCUGUUACACAACAGUUCAUCUCAUCCUCUGCUGAAGGGUAAAGAGCUGCCAGAACUCAUUGUUUUCCCAAUUUGUGGACAUAUUCGGACACUGCUAGCUGCUAACUGCUACCUGCUGCCAGAUGCUUUUUAAAUCUCCUGGCAGUAGGUCGCACACAUAUUAUGUCUAUAUGUCACAUCCAUCCCGUCCUGCAGGCUCACACUUUAUACACAGACGUUAAUUUGGCACUGUAACUACCUCUGCAGCCGGCUUAAAAGCUGAUUUAUAGUUGUACAAAGGCUCUAAGCAGACUGUACCCCGUAGUCUAAACAAGCGGCCUACAUCAUUGUGAGCAUUUAUACUUUUUAAUUUUAUUUUUUAUGUUUUUAUGUUUUUAACUAGGUACGACCCGUUGUGAUCAGCAAUCUCUUUUUCAAGGGAGAACUGGCCAAGCCAGCAGCGUCAGAAAAAGUUACUGCCAAAAAACAACACAAUAAAAAACACUAAAGAUACACAGUAACAUGUAGAAAUAUUAGAACACCUACAAUGACAAGAACCAACCGAUUCAUUCAUUCUGGUACUUAUUUGUGCAGUUGUGUGUCUGCAUCGCUCUGCAAUUACACCUUUAAAACGAGAGUUGGGAUUUCUAUGCUGCUCUGUUGUGUUUCUGUGAAGCGCAUUUAAGCUUAAUUGAUUUAGCUAACACCUAAAACAUGGCUUGAUAACGACAGCAUUAAACAAAAGCACAAAUUCGUCUUCUUUCAAAGUCACAAGGUAAAACAAAUGUCCUAUGCUAGACACGUUUUCCCCGCAUAUACAACAUGCUAACAUAAUUAGCAUAAGCCAAUGACAUUUUCCCAUUGUAUAAAUUAGCCAAGCAGCUAGCAGACUUUUCCUUCACUCAUAUGAAGCCAGGAUAAAUCACACACAAGACUUAAAAUUUUCUUUUAUGGGGGCUUUAUUGUCUUCACAGUUUAUUAUUUCGUAUCUGUGAAAUAAUUAACAAAAUGGUUUUCAGCUUAUAAUAAACACACAGUCUGCAUCAUCGCAACGUGUAGUCACAUUUCUGGGAAGGUGCACGUCAGGCUAUGCUGUAGGCUAUGAGUCAGUGCAGAGGUCUAAACCACACCUCAAGGUGCAACAACUCUGUCCUGCAAUUCCGUGAUCGUACCUUUUGUACAGAACGGCGAGGCGGAACAACCAAAGGCAGCACCAAAGGGGCCGGUGAUAUUGACACUGAGAUGUGGGGAUGUGGUGUCAUUGUUACAAUGAAUCCAAUGAGGAAGAAACUUCAGUAGGAGGAAACUUUGAGAAAAGACUGAAACUGUUUGCUGAAGGGGAAACGUUGACUCAAGAAUGGAUGGAGGGAGGGAGGUCAAUCAACUGCUCACACACCCCGUGUACAAUAUAGAAAAUACCAAAGUCCUCACAUCUGCCUUUCAGAUUUCUGUUGAAUCUGGGUGUGUGAUGGCGUUGUGCAGCACAGCUUUAGUCUAUUCAUUUUAAUAGAAACAUCAGCAGCUUCUCCAACUGAGUUACUUAUACAUCAUGUAUACUGUGAGUGUGUGUGUACAGUGUUGCAGAAUCACAUUGGAUCCCUUUUAUAUUUAAAUUCAUUGAUCAUGUAUUCGUUAUUGUACCGUGAUUUACUCGAAUCUGUACCGUAAUUUCAAUGUUUUGUAUAAAUCAAUGCAACAACAUUUUAUAAAUGAUCAACAUUUUUGUAUAACAGUG